GCUGGAGCUUGGGAUUUUUUAUCUGCGUUGGUUUGUUAAUUGAACCCCCUCCCUGGAGGUUGCCAUGCCGUUUCUGUAAAAAAAGUAUGUCCGGAAAUCCAGCAUCCGGUGCCCCUGGGGGUGCCGGGCUCGCCUUAGAAAUGGAGCAACUGUCGCAGACUAUACAAAUCUUGCCGGAAGACACCCUCGUGCGCAUUGGCAAGGGACCGCUGGUCAAGUUUACCAACGCAUGUGAUGAUAUUGAGAAAGUGAAUCGGGUGUUCAAGUCACUCCUGGAGACAUACUCUACCGCUUCACUCGCGCACUCACAUACUACCGCCGCUUGUAAUGCGCUCAGUGCUUUUCUGGAUGCGGCGCGGACCUCCACUUGUGAGGGCACGAGACAGCUCGCCCGCUCCGAUGAGACUUGGCUGUCAGUAUUCGAGGUCUUUAUGGCCCGAUACAAGGAUGUGAAGCCUAAGCCGAUGAAGCAGGUGCUGGAGUCGCUGGUCGCUUUGCUGGUGAAGACUCGCCAGGAGUUUGAUCGGUCAGCACUCCGCAAGAAGAUUGUUGAAGCUACGAUUCCCAGCAUCAUUCUCGGCGAGCCCCGCGCGCGGCUCAAGGCCUCGUUCGCCUCGUUGGAGAUGCUGCUUCGCAAGAGUGCGGUCACGCCAUUGGAGCUGAUCGCGCUGACUGACCAGUGGCUUCUAGAUCACUAUGAGAGCUGGUCGGCGCUUUUCAAGGAGGACUGCAAGGCUCUGUCUAUUAACAUCUCGCAGUAUCUUCAGAAGGAUGUCUCGAAGGAUCGGUACCAGACAGCCACCGAGGUUCUGGUCCUGGGUAUGCUGGCUCGGGCUACCAAGGCCGAGCUUGCCGCCGCCUCGGGUGAUACCAUGGGAGCCUUCUUCCAGAAGGUCAAGGCUGCACCUGAUGCGCAGUACUUGGUGUCCGUUUGGGUAGCACCUGUUCGCCACAUCUUGCUGAGGAACUUGGAUAACUUGGAGUAUAUGUGCACCUAUGUUCUCCAGCCAUCCUUCUCCAAUGACCCGGCCGGAUUCAAAUCGUUUAUUGAACGGCUGCCACUCAAUAGCCUUCUCGUUGGUGAUAUGAGCGAUGCCCCGCGGGCGGAGUUUAUGCUUUUGUUCGCGUCCCUGCAGAUUGCGAAGAAGGCUGGCCUCAUUCAUGAGGAUCAAUACAUCGCCAAAGCAGGCUCCAAUACUAAUACCGACAAUGUGCUUGUUUUGAAGAGCGAAGUUAUUGGCCAGUUCCUCUUCCAUAAAGACAUUAGCAUUAGAAUUGCUGCCCUUUCUCUGCUCAUUACUGCGCCAUCGACGACAAGACCCGUCUCCUCGGCAACGAUGAAAGCGGUCUUGAGUGGACUGCCGUCUAUGCAUACCGAGUCGGACUCCUAUUCGAGAGGCGAAAUCCUGGGUAUGAUUCGCAAGUUGAUUAUCCGCCUGAAGGGUGGCCUUUUGGAAGACCAGGACGGCCCCAUCGACCAGAAAGCCCCGGCGAACAAGAAGCAACAACCGAAACUUGCCCGGAAUGACACGACCACUCGGGCAUGCAUGCAAGAGUAUCUGGAUUUCCUCAAGGCGGACCUGCGGCCCACGGCUUCUUACCCUCGCCAUGUGUCUGCGUUGAAGACGCUGAUACUGUUCCUGGAGUCUGGUCUGGAUAGUAGAUACGACGCAACAGAUGGCAUCAAGACGAAAUGGCUCUGCAGCUUGGACGUAUUUGAGCCUACCCUUCUCAGGUUAUUGGUGGAUCUUUUGCUUGAUCCUUUCGAGGAAGUGCGAGCCACGUCGCUUUACCUUCUGAAUCUGUUCCCACAGGAGGUCCUGUUCGAUAGCGCCAAACACGCUGGAGAGAUCCCGCAGAUCAUUGAAGGCCUUGCCAAGGCAGAACAACUGGCCAGCAACACCAGCAGAGCCGACUAUGCAGAUACCGUGGCUCGUUUGUACCAUAUCCUCUUCCGCGCAGCCGCCGUGGAGGGAGAACAUGCGCGCUGGUGGGAGACCAAGUCCGCAGUGGUUGACACUCUCCUCAAGAAGCUAGAACAGAAGCUCUCCCUGGCUGGGGGCCUGUUCAAUUAUUCUAUGCGUGACGCACCUUUGCAUGGAUAUGUAUCUGCGUUAAGGUACAUCAUUGCGACUCCCAACUUCUACUCGUUGGUAUCGAGCGGGCAACCUUCGUACGACAACUGGAAAUCUGUCCAUGCACGGAUCGUGCAAGUCUGCGACCAGAUCUGGAAUGAAGUCAAGCCUGUGCUCUGCAUCGACUCGCCGGAAGGCCAUACAGAUGACCCCAUCGAGGAACUUGGUGUCGGCCCUAAAGAUAUCCUGUCUUACUCCUGGCGUGCUCUUCGCGAAUCCAGCCUUCUCCUGCAUGCCACGCUUGCCAACAAGGCAUAUGGUCCAGAAGGCGAGUCUGGACUAUCCGUUGAUCAUUUCGAAAAGAUCGGAACGCUCAGCUUCAUCCAGCUCGCUGAACUCCGGCACCGCGGAGCCUUCUCAACCGUGUCCCAAACAUUCGCUACUUGCUGCCAACGGUGCGGCCAGUCAAAGAGCGAGGAAAUCACUGCCCUGCCGACUCGGUGGUACCAGGAGGCGAAGAAGAUCAUUUUCGAGUCCGCGUCCAAACUCACCCGCCGCUCGGCUGGUCUGCCUGCCCUGGUUGUCGGCAUUCUCUCCUCCAAGCCCGGCGGACCGCUGUUCCAAAGCGUCAUCAAGGACCUUCACGAGAUUUCUCACUUGCCCGCCGAGCAUGACCCGUCGAGACAGGACGUGCCCCUGCCGCAGGUGCAUGCGAUGAACUGUCUGAAAGAUAUCUUUACCAACACCAAGUUGGGACCCCAUACGGAGCCUUUUAUCAUGCCCGCGUUGAGACUUUCUGCUGAACGCCUGGGAUCGCCUAUAUGGGCCCUUCGCAACUCUGGGCUGAUGCUGUUCCGCGCCUUGUUGACGCGCAUGUGCCGCACUGGCACUGGCUUGGGCUUCGGUGGCAUCUCAGGCUCGGAGCCAGGUGCCAGAGUUUCCUUCCAGAAAUAUCCCGGCCUGUUUGAACUUCUGCCGACCCUUCUCAGUCCGUCCGAAAAGAGCGACAACGCCAGCGAGAGCGACAACGCCAGGGUUACGGAGCGUGUUUUCCCAGCCUUGGAGCUGAUUGCUGAAAAGGUCCCGAAUGUCACUGGCGUCGACGACGAGGCCUUGCGGGGACUCGUCCGGGAACAGUUCAAGAGCCCGGUUUGGGGUAUCAGAGAACAUGCAGCUCGAGUGUAUGCUUCGCUGUUGAGCCGUUCAGAUGUCUUGGCCAGCAUCAAGGCGUUGCUGGAUGUACAGAGGGACACUAUGACGCAGGAUUAUCUCCACGGAGAAGCGCUUUGUAUCAAGUAUUCUCUUCGGAGAUUUGCGUCGAGCUCGUUUUCUUUCUGGACCGAGCACAUUGAUGAGGUGUCUUCUACCCUGAAACUCAUCUUCGCUUCAUCCUUCCCAUUUGCGGAGUCCCCGUUCGUUGCCAGUAUUCUACUGGAAAUCCUGAGCGAUGUCGUCGAGAAGAGCAUAGAAUCCGGAGCAGAGGGACAAAUGAUCUCUACGCUUAACUACCUGGCCGAAUUCUACUCGUUUGCCGACAUUCGGCAGUUCGUAUUCGAUUCGUCGCACCCAUCCUGGAAGACUCUGAGCACUACCCGCGCUCCUUCUCUCCUCCGCCGCGCUAUCUCGUGGGUCACUGUUCUGCAGAUGUUUGUGACAGAUAAGUUGGGCGAGGUAGAGCCGCUGCUCGGUGUUGUCUCGCGCUUCGACCCCAAUGCUGGUCAGUGGUUGUUGGAGCGCAUCCAGGAGAUCUUCGGCGAGAAGGAUCAGUACAGACCAGCGUUGAUCAAACUCUAUUACGCCGUGAUCCUCGGUGCCUAUCCUGAGGAAGUCAAGGCCUCAGCAAUCUCCUGCUUGGCCUCUGCUCUGUCGAUUGUGCUAGACUUUCACAAUGAAAUCGUCACUCAGAUGGACCUCCCAUGGGAGACCCUCGAGAAGCACCUCAAGCUUGCUUCAAGCGAGAACAUCUGGAACAGAGAUCGUUCGGACGCCGAACUCACCCUCGAAGGCUGCCUUCUUGCCCUGAAGACAAUCGCAGGCCGCCAGAGCUCAGACCUGGACAUACUCGAAUGGGCAACACGGCUCCAGUCCGCCAUGCAAGAGGAGACAGAAUUCACCACACGUCUUGCUGCCGUAUCCUCCGUGGCGGCAUUUGCACGCGCCCUCCGCUCCGCUGGCAACCCUCCUCGCACCGACAGCGCCCUACUCGAGAUCUACCUAGUCCUCUACGACAUGCUCAACGACGACGACGAAGAGCUGCGUGACCUCGCCGCCUCCACCGCCAGCUGGGUUCUCUCCUACUCCUCCGUCUCUCCCUCCAAGGCCGUCGCCCUAUCCCCGUUGAACGCCAGCGACCUCCUCUCCAAGUUCAUCACCACGAACUACACCACCUCCCGCCUCCUCUACCAAAGAAUGACAGCCUACAUUGCCGACCAAGAACCCCGUCUCAGCACCUCCAUCCCGAGAUACAUCCCCAUCUCCACCCGUCUCUCCUCCCUCCGCAAAGAAAGCACCAUCCUCUUCGAAGAAGAGAAACAAAACCUCUUCAUCGACGAAGUCCGCGAAGUAGACGUCUGGGCUGCCCGACUCCGUCAACUCGGCGAAUCCGCCUUCGAUGAAGUCUCCCUCGACGCCCUCUUCAACUGGGUGUCCACUGGCCUCUCCUCCUUCGGGGAGAUCUUCGCGACCGAGUCCGAGAAGGAUGGCCUCCUGGGUUGGACUUCCAAGCCGGAGACGUUUACUCUGGGUGUGCGGCUGUUCGCGAUGGCGGGGGUGUUGGUUUCGAGGGAUUCUGCUGCUGCUACGCUGUUGGGUCAGGAACGGGUUGAGGAGCUGAAGGGGAAGUUGCAGGCGUUGCUUGUGCGUGGGGAGGGGUGUUUGGUGCAUGAUGAUUGGGUUUCGAGGAUUAGGGGUGCUUUGGAGUUAUUGUGAUUGAUUGUGAGGGUGGUGGCUAGGUAUAGAGAAAAGUCUAGAGAUGAAUUUUAC